AUGCGCUUUCUCGCACUCAAUUUUGACGUGCUCGCGCUCGUCUGCUCCCAUCUCCAUCACGCCGACGCGCUCGCGCUUGCGCUCACCUCCAAGACCCAGCCUCUGCACGCCCUCGCCCUCGCCCGCGUCCCAGCGCGCGUGCGUCUUCGCGAUGCCGCCCAACUCUGCACGCUCUGGGCACGCGCCGACGACAACGACAACGCCGCGCGCGUCCGGAGUCUCUCAGUCGCUGCCGACGCCUUCGAAGUUGGGAAGUCCAAGUGGGAAGGCCGCUCCCUCUCUGCAGAUCAUGUCGACUUUUUGACCGACAUCCUCGUCUCGACCACCGUGCUCACACAUCUCGACCUCGCUCUCUCCGGCCUCCUCGCCCAUAACGCCCGGAUAGAACCCGUCGUUACCUCCAUGCAAGCCCUCGUCCACCUCGACCUCCGUCAAUUCUCCACGAACGCGUUGAAUCUCAUCCAGAACCUUUCUGGGCCGCUCGAGACAUUGCAUGUCGACUAUCAUGGUGCGCGUCCCCACUGUCCCCCUGACUUGAGUCCCCUCCUCGCCGUCGCACUCUCCUACAAGUCCCUCCGCGCCCUCAGCAUCCUUGCGCCCCAGUCUUCGCCUCCGCAUGAACCCAGGCCCAUCUUCCUCGCCCCGCAUGCGGCCCUCCGGACGCUCGUAUUCAGCAGUUCAGACAUCCUGCCCGCCGACGUCCUCGAAGCAUGCUUCCGGCUCGACGCCCUCGUCCUCGGGUCCGUCUCCAGGCUCCCGUACGACCACGACCUCCUUCAACCCCUCCGCCAGCUUUCCGUUGGCCACGCCGACCUCCUCCGCCUUGUCAACCAGAAGCGCAUUAGCACCGUCCGCUACCUUCACGUCCGCACCUCCGACGAGCUCGACACAGGCCUCGGCCCCGACCUCCUGCAUGCGCUGCACGAGAUCAGCCCGCUCGGGCUCCACAUCCACAUCCCAUUCAGACCGAGUGACCACCAGUGGGCCGUCGAUGUGAACGCCGCGGCCCCACGUCUGCGUUGCCUCACCCUGCACCUCUACCCCGCAUUCCCGCACCCGCACAACGGUGGCUUCGAACAGCGCUUCGCGCAGUGGCUCCGGGAUAUAUGCGCGCUGUUCUCCCCGCUCGCACUGAUCGCCCUCCGUCUCCACAUCCCUGCUGUCUCGCUCGCGCUCUGCGCCGAGACUUUCGCCCCGUACGACCCCACCACCGCCAACGCCGUCUUCGACGCGUCAGGGGGCCCGCAUCCCCGCCUCGCGUCCAACCUGGUCGCCACCGCCACCACUGCGCUCCUCUACGGCCUCGCACGCUCCAUGCCCACUCUGCGAUACAUCGCGUUCUCGACGAGCGUGCCGGCGCCCGUCGAGCAUUGCCGCGACGAGAUGUACGACGGCCACGGGGAGCAGAAGGGGACGUGCUGGUGGCGCAUACAGUCUGUCCCGCCCACCGAGGGCCCCGCGGAGGGCGGGCACCCGGACGGUGGAGAGGACCCUGACCGAAAGCUGGUGUGGAUCGCGGGGGAGGAAGGGGAGCGGGUGUGGCGCGAGGUGUUGGACGCUGCGGACGAGGCCGCGGUCGCGGAGGUCGUUCGUCGAAGCGCGGUGUAG